AUGAUGGCCGCAUCAGACAUUCAGUGCACAUGUAGAGUCUGUACCAGAAUUCGUGUCACAAUUGAUCGAAUAUUUUGCGUUUUAGAUAUAUACGGUUGGCUAUUGGACUCUCAUGUCGUGGAUUUUUUUCAAGACAAAUUAUGGGAAAAAUUACCGAGAAGUUGGAGGUUUGCAUUGCAGGAUACACCUCCUCAAGAAUUUGGUAAAUGGUUAUCAGGAGACAUCUCGUGCACACGUGUAUGGCCCUUAACGUUGCUUGCACUUCGCCAAGUGGCUAAUAUUUUGCAAGUCAAUAGAAAUAAUGAAGAUCCAAAAAGUAUUAUAGCUUGUGAAUCCAAUAGAGCAAAGACAAACAACAACAACAAUAAUAAUAAUAACGACAAUGCUAGCAAAGCUUUUAAAACUGACAUAUUCGACAAGCUAUAUUCCCAAGAUCACAAAUUUAGUAAUUUAUUUUCAAAGCAUAUAAAAAAGAAGAAAAGAUACGAGAUACGUGAGAUAGCUCAAGUAUGCGUAGGUUGUGCCUACAAAGCUAGUUGUAAAUGUAUCGUUGACAUUGGAUCUGGAAUGGGUCACUUAGCUCGUACUUUAGCCUUUCAGUAUGGAUUAAAUGUUACUUGUAUCGAACAGGAUCGUAUAUUGUUACAGCAAGCUAGGAAAUGGGAUCAAGAAUUGUUGAUGUCAAUAAAAAAACACAUACCUAACUACUAUCAAAAAUGUCCUCAAUAUUUCACAGCUAAAUUAGAAUCCUCGAGUUUAGUCGAAUCGAAAUUAGCUAGGCAAUUGAAAGAAUUGUUUCAAAAUGAGUUUGAUUUAAGCGAAAAAGAAACCGAAUUUGGUCUUAUAGGUCUCCAUCCUUGUGGAGACUUAGCUUCCAUACUAUUAAAGCUUUACUCGUCUAGAAAUGAAGCUAAAUUUAUUUGUAUCGUAGGGUGUUGUUAUAUGAAACUAACAAUACAAUCAGAAAUAAGUGGAUUAAAGGGUUAUCCACUUAGUAAGUACCUGUUGUCCCGAAAAAAUCAUUCUCUAACAUAUACAUCGUUAGAAGUAGCUUGUCAUGCCAUUGAAAAGUAUUGUGACAAAUUGAAGAAUGGAAAUUAUGAAGAUUUAAUAGUGCAUACUUAUAGAGCAGCUUUAGAAACUAUUUUAGUGAAAAAAAGUGAAAAAUUACGUCAUUGUCAAUUCAGGAAUGUCAAAGUAUCAAAAGGAAUGUCAUUCAAACAGUAUUGCGAUACAGCUACUACGCAUUUUGAGGCUUAUAUGCAGCCACAAGAUUCCGACAUUAAUAAUUUAGAAAUUAUCGAUUUUUUGAAUCGAUGGCAGCAAGUUAUAGUGUUCGGAUCGCUUCGAAUGAUGUUGGCGCCAUUAGUGGAAACUAUCGUACUUUACGACAGAUUUUUAUUCCUGUCGGAAAAAAAUUUGAUCCCAACGCUAAAACCAGUGUUCGAUAGUAGACUGUCACCACGAAACUUAGUGUUAAUGUCUAGGAAAAAUAACUAACGAUUUACCGUCUUUUGAAUUAUUUUCCGAUAAAUCCUGCCUACCUUGAACUUAUCCGUCUUCGAUCACUAUAAAUGUUCUCGCAAUCGCACUUCCCGCGUCCACGAAUCAAAGUCGUUCCAGAUUACUAUGUGCCUUUGAUUGGACAGUAUGAUUGAAUUACAGUUGUCGAUGAA